AGCUCCAGUAGGCAGUUUCUUGGUCCUGCACAGUUCCAAGGUCAAGCCUCCCAUAUCCCCUCCCUUCUCAUCCCUGUCCUCUGUCCUUAAAAACACAGACAGUCUUGAAACAAUGACUGCUUAUGAAACGUUUGUCCCUACCCUCAGCCUGCUAUGGCCCCCUCCCAUCAUGUGAGCUCCAGGACCCCAAAAGAUUCCCAGGUGUUCAGGUUCUCUCUGAGAGAGACCUUUAGCUUCCCACCCUAAAGGUCAGGAUGUCUGAGAAAGGCAAGCCUUGCUCAGCAAAGAUGUCAGUGCCUACACACACCUCUAGAAAUGACUCCAGGCUUGGGAAUGAGAGCGAGGGAUACAAGUGUUUUCCUUAAAGGAUAGGCAGAAUAAGAACCGCCAGCAAAAAAGAUAGCAAGGCAGAAAGAUCAGGAAAACCUAGCACCGGAAAUAUGGGUUGGCACAGAGUAGUGUUCACUUUAUUAAUGAAAUGGAGUUGGUAAGAGUGGAGAAGUAUAAGUUGCUUCUAAAGUUUGGACAAUGGAUCCCAGAAGCAAAACUAUUUCUGUGCCCUGUCUUACUUAGGUGAAGAGCAGGAGCCAGGUUGCAAACAGGCAGACAUCUUGUUGAGGAGUGACGGAAAGAUGAGGCAUCAGGAGUUGAUUAUUACUUUAAGAGUCUUGGCUGGGAAGGGGGAAAGGGAGGGAGACAGCACACACACACACACACACACACACACACACACACAAACACACACGUUCACUGACUUAGAGGAAGGAGAGAGUGGACAUGGGGGCUGAUAGUGGUAACUGGAGGUUCAUGCAAGGUCAAGAGAGUUUCUUUAGAAUGUCAGAAAUUUGAUCUUGUUUAUAGCCUGAGGAAUGGGAGCUGAUGGUGAGGGAGAGAUUAAAUGCCUGUCAGAGCAGAUGAUUGAUGGCCCUACGCUAGACUUGCACAAAGCCUGGUGGGAACUUCCUCAAAGGGGGCAGAGGUGAGGGAGAGGCUAGAGCUAUGUGAAUGGGAGUCUUUCUGAGUUACCAGUUGGAAGGAGAAUGAGAACCAGAAAUUGGGAGCAAAGCCAGAGGCUACUGGUUACCUAGUGAAGGUAACCCAUGAUUCAUCAAGAUGUGUGAAGAUCCCUGAAGAGUAUGGAGACAGAAAUGGCCAGAGACAGGAAGGUCAGUCAGAUGGGGUAGUUGAGGAAUGAAUUCUGUGUAUGAUUUUCAUGUGUAAUCUGGAAAUAUGUAGGUCUAGGAAACAAUUCUUAAAAGUAAGAGAACCUGAUAAGGAGACAAUGUGCGAUUGUGGUACUAAGCCUUGGAAAAGAUCCCUGUAUUGGCCUUCCAAAAGGCAGGGAUUUAGCAGAUAUGAAUGAAGGUUUAUUCUAAAAAUUUAGAAGCGGAACUUAAAUGCAGGGAAUCAUUUGCAGGUUUUUAAUCUUUUCACUAAGUACAAGAAGAGGUUAUUUGAAAAGAAGAAAGGGCAUCGUGAGGUUUAAAGGAUGAGAAAAGUACAGGUUUGGAGCAAUCUCUGGAAGGAAUCAGUGACAGAAGAAUGCAACUUUUGCUAGGUUGUAUUGAGAGAUAAGCUAUAAUUAAACCAUGUGAAUUGGUUUUGCAAUGACAUUCCUUCACAAUUUUCUGGCUAUGUAGAAUAUAGAAAUAAGCCAAAGACCAUAAGAUUUGAUUGAAAUAGGCUCUGAUAAACAAAUUCCCAUCAGAUCUGGGGUAAGGUGAGUUGGACAGAGGAUUGUUUUUACGUGUAGAUAUUAAUACAAUUGAAAUGACUAACCUUCAAGUAUACAGUGGACAAGGAGACAAACACUGCUUAAGGGAGUUGAUAAACCAGGAAAACAGGGAGUUAUUGAGUAACUCGUGGCCACAGUAGAAAUUAGAGGUUGAGUGAGCAAGUGGGACAGUUGAAAGGUCAAAAGAUUGUUGUCAGAGAAGAGAAUUUCAGGGUUGGGUCUUUAGAAGCCGAGCAGACACAUCUUUGGGUAAAGACGAAGACCAAGUUGCGGCUGAGAAUCUGAAACAAGAGGAAGCAAAACCUUGGGAGCUGAGUUCACUGUGAAGUUGAGCAGGUCAAUGAGUGGAUGCUGAGCAGAAAAGUCACUAACAACAAUGUGGAAGCUACUGAGGAGACGCCCGGCACCUAAAGAGCUGCUAAGUCGCACAUCUCUUGAGACCCAGAAGCUUGAUCUGAUGACUGAAGUGUCUGAGUUGAAGCUGAAGUUGGUUGGUAUGGAGAAGGAGCAAAGAGAGCAAGAAGAAAAGCAGAGGAAAGCAGAGGAGUUACUGCAAGAGCUCAAGCACCUCAAAAUCAAAGUAGAAGAGCUGGAAAAUGAACGGAAUCAGUAUGAGUGGAAGCUGAAGGCCACAAAGGCUGAGGUAGCCCAGCUGCAGGAGCAGGUAGCUCUGAAAGAUGCAGAAAUCGAGCGUCUGCAAAGCCAGCUCUCCCGGACUGCAGGACUCCACAGUGACCAUGGAGAAAAAGACCAAGAAAUUCAACGUCUGAAAAUGGGAAUGGAAACUCUCCUCCUUGCCAAUGAAGAUAAGGACCAUCGGAUAGAAGAACUCACGGGGCUGCUGAACCAGUACCGAAGGGUGAAGGAGAUCAUAAUGGCAACUCAAGGGUCUUCAGAGAGAACUCUCUCAAUCAGUGAAGAACUGGAUGGAAGUUUCAGGAAAUGGAACACUACAAAUAAAGGCCCUGAAGAACUAUUUAAACAAGAGAUGCCCCCCAGGUGCAGCCCUCCGACAUCCGGGCCACCUCCUUUGCCCCAGAAAUCACUGGAGACCAGGGCUCAGAAGAAACUCUCCUGCAGUCUUGAAGACUUGAGAACUGAAUCUGUGGAUAAGCAUGUUGAUGGGAACCAGGUCUCGCCGGCGAUGGAAUCCAAGGUCAGCCCUUUCCAGGUAGAGCAGAAAUACCCAACAUCACCUGGGAAGCUUUCAGGAGCCAUGCCCAAUGGAGAAGCUGCCACAUCUACUCCCACCAACUCCCAGCCUGACUCUGCAGGGAGCAGCCUGCCAAGGCUGAAUCGUGGCCGGAGUGUCAGUGCCCCUGUAUUAGGAGAAACAGAAAGUGGUUGGGAAGACACUGCCAUCGUUAAUGACCUUUCGUCCACCUCAUCUGGUACUGAGUCAAGCCCCCAGUCUCCCCUGAUGCCGGAUGGUAAACGGAGCCCCAAAGGCAUUAAGAAAUUCUGGGGAAAAAUCCGAAGAACUCAGUCAGGAAAUUUCAACACUGAUGCCCCAGGGAUGGCAGAAUUUCGACGAGGUGGGCUCCGGGCAACUGCGGGACCAAGACUCUCUAGGACCAGAGACUCCAAAGGACAGAAAUGUGAUGCCAAUGCCCCCUUUGCCCAGUGGAGCACCGAGCGCGUCUGUGCAUGGCUGGAGGACUUCGGUCUGGCUCAGUACGUGAUCUUUGCCAGGCAGUGGGUGACAUCUGGCCACACGCUGCUGACAGCUACACCUCAGGACAUGGAAAAGGAGCUGGGAAUUAAGCACCCGCUCCACAGGAAGAAGCUGGUUUUAGCAGUGAAAGCCAUCAACACCAAGCAGGAGGAGAAGUCUGCACUGCUGGACCACAUUUGGGUGACACGGUGGCUUGAUGAUAUUGGCUUACCUCAAUACAAAGACCAGUUUCAUGAAUCCAGGGUUGAUGGACGGAUGCUGCAAUACCUAACUGUGAAUGAUCUACUCUUCUUAAAAGUCACCAGCCAACUACAUCAUCUCAGCAUCAAAUGUGCCAUUCACGUGCUACAUGUCAAUAAGUUCAACCCCCACUGCUUGCAUCGACGGCCUGCUGAUGAGAGUAACCUUUCUCCUUCAGAAGUGGUGCAGUGGUCUAACCACAGGGUGAUGGAAUGGUUGCGAUCCGUGGACCUGGCAGAGUAUGCACCCAACCUUCGAGGGAGCGGCGUCCACGGAGGUCUCAUUAUCCUGGAACCCCGCUUCACUGGAGACACCCUGGCUAUGCUUCUCAAUAUUCCACCUCAGAAGACGCUCCUCAGGCGCCACCUCACCACCAAAUUCAACGCCUUGAUUGGUCCUGAGGCUGAACAGGAAAAGCGAGAUAAAAUGACUUCACCGUCUUACACACCACUGACCACCACAGCCAAAGUCCGGCCUAGGAAACUUGGAUUUUCGCACUUUGGGAACAUGAGAAAAAAGAAGUUUGAUGAGUCCACAGACUACAUCUGCCCAAUGGAGUCCAGUGACACUGCCGGUGACAGUCACAGGCUCUACAGCGGCUACCGGAGCCUCAGUCCCCCCACCACCCCUGAACUGGAUGGGCUGGACCAGAUGGCACCUUCGGAAGGCACUGUGACGCAGAUAGGGCUCCUCUCCCAAGACAUUCACCGCCUUACGACUCUGCUGAGCCAGGACCAGCUGCUGAAUGACUGUCGUCUGGCUUCCCCCAACUCUGAUGACUGGAGAUGACAUUCUUCAGGGCUGAGAGCUACACGUGGGGCCCUGAGUCUUCCUCCAUGGGGAGCUGGCACCCAGCCAUUGACAGAGCCCAGACGGAGCUAGCAGGGCCUCCGGGAUGUGGGUGUUGACAAAAGCAAAGCAGAGCCAUGGGACAGGUGUCCACCUUGUCCAGGAAGUGGACCUGGACACGCCGCCAUGCUUCCAGCCAGGCUCGCUCUUAAUACAGCCUUUCUACCUUUUUAUCUAUGGACCACAGAGCACUGUUGUGGAGAGGAGAAUGAGGGAUCCAUGCAAAAUGAACGGCCCAUGCUGUGACAGCAAGGAGGCUUCCAGAACAAAGAGGAAGAGCUCUCAAUUCAUAAAACCACUGCCGGGUGUGGGGAGUUGCGAUGAACUGUCCAGGUCGGGCGAGAUGAUUAUCAGGAGCCCUGUGAGCUGCUUCACAGGAGCCUGGGUUUCCAUUCAAGGGGGAGUGUUUAGAUUGAGGGCAGAAGAAGGGACUGGGGCUUCUCCAGGGCUUCUGCCCUGUCCUCCACCCUGACCCGCAGUGGAGACUGGCUGUGCCUCCUAGCAUCGGAGCAGGGAGUAGCUACUACACCCUACCGGCCAUGCACCAGACGCAUCUCUGACUUCUGCUGUAGCAUCCUCAAGCACAAUGUCUGAUUAAACAGUGCCCUUGGCACCACAAACUCAACAUCUCUUUAGAAACUCACCAUGCGCCCAGACAAACCUGUUCCUUCUUAGAUGUCUCCCAUAUCUUCAACAAGGUUCUGCUGACCUACCUGUGUUCCAGCCAUUCCUUUCCCGCCCCCCCCCCCACACACACCCCCAGCUGCUCUAGUUCCAGCCUCAUCUGUCUCUCACCUGAAUCCUGCAGCUGAUCUGCUCAGCCCUUCAUCUUCCCGGCUGGUCCCCCGUAGACAUUCUCCACCCUGUUCCCAGGGAGAUACUUCCUAGCACUCUUCUAAUCUUGUUGCCCUUGUGGCUGGCUAUUCUGCUCAAAACCCUUCCAUUGCAGGAUUCCCAGGGCUGAGCAUCCUUAGUCUUUCUGAGCCCCCUACUUAAUCUGUAUUUCCUUCAGGCCUUGAUUGAGAUCUCCUUUCCUUAUAAACUCCAUUCUAAUCCCAUUCAGGAGUUCAAAUCCUGCAUCUCAAGCCCAGCAUGAAUACCUCAGGAAGCAGCCCUAGUUUCCAUUCCAGUUGCGAGUCACUGCUAUCCCAUAUCACCGUGCCCUCUGCCCUGGACUGUGCCAGAGAGGCGCGGGCAAGUCAAAGUGAAGUCAGGGACAGGCUCGAGGUAGGUGACAAGCGUGCAGGCACGGUCAGAGCUGUGUUUAUGAACGAUGUCUGGGGGGAGUACCUUACCACAAAGCAUUCGCCUGUCUUUCUCUGGUUAAGGGAUUUGAUGAGGAUGUGCUAAACAGGUGGGGAGAAGAAGGCCUUGGAGAUCACCCCUGGGCUUGGCCCCCUGUGGGCAAGACAUAGCUAUACCACAGAUUGCUCCCUAGACCCGCAUUUCUCUCCUCCCUUCUCCCCACCCCAUCAUACAUGUUGAGUAAUCAUCCAGAAGUCCCACCUUCUAACACUGCUGCUAUUAUGCCAGGGUUUUGUUUGAAAAAAAAAAAAGGGGGGGUGGGUGGGUGGGUGGAGGUGGAACAACUUGGAAUUAAACAUCCAGGUUUAAAGUCAGCUCUGCUCCCUGCUGGCUGACAGGCCUGGGAAUAUUUGUUCUCUAAGCCUGCCUGCUCAUUUGUAACUCAGAAAACAAUUCCCCCACAAGAACUCUGGCCUGUAGGGAUGAUUCCAUGAAGCCUAGCCCAA